AUGGGAGACUCACAAGAAAAUAAUAGAGGAAAAAGUAAAGACAAAGAUGAUGUAACUUGGACAAUGGAGGAAACCAAUGAGUUGUUACAUCUCUUGGUGGAUGCUAUGAAUAGGGGGAUGCGUGAUGCUAAUGGAUCACUUAGCAAACAAACUGUAGAACGGUUAAUACUUCCUGAACUAAAUGCUAAGACUAGGUUCCCUAAAACUUAUAGUCACUAUUUGAGUCGGAUGAAGUGGUUUAAGAACCAAUAUAACAUGAUGUCAACACUUAUGCGUCACAACUCUGGUUUUGCAGGUCAUGGUAAUGACCCUGAAAAUGAAUUAUUCAAUCUUCGAUAUGCGUCCUUAAGGAAUGUGAUUGAGAGAAUAUUUGGUGUUUUUAAAUCGCGGUUCACAAUUUUCAAGUCUGCGCCUCCAUUUCCAUUUAAGGCACAAGCGGAGCUUGUGUUGGCAUGCGCAGCACUUCAUAAUUUUCUUCGUAAAGAAUGUCGUUCAGAUGAAUUUCCAGUCGAACCUACGGAUGAGUCUUCAUCCUCAUCUUCAGUGUUACCAAAUCAUGAAGACAAUAAUUAUGAACCCAUUGUUCAAACACAAGAGCAGGAACGAGAAGAUGCAAAUUUAUGGAGGACUAGUAUAAGUUCAGAUAUGUAG